GCCAGUUUUAUUUCAACAUGCGGCUCCUAAUCACAUGUAUCUGGCUCAUCCUAGGGCUCGACUUUAGUGCUUCCAUGUGGGUAAAGAGGUACAUCGAAAACUACCAUAGACCCACAUACCGCAAUCGUGCCCACAGUUCCGAUAAACACGUGAACUACAAUCGUGAGGCCCUCGAGAAUCGGAAAAAACCACGAACGUUGGAAGCCCACACCAGGCCUCCUUUUGAUCACGAAAAGCACGUGUCCUUCUACGUAAAUGUCCUCAAUGAGGGAUCUGUGAUCUGUGCAGGGGCCCUGAUCUCACACAGGAUGAUCAUCACAUCGACGCACUGCUUCUAUGCCACAGGAACCGAUGCGACUUACGAGUAUACGGCCAAAAAAAUGACCAUACUGACUGCCAUUGAUUUCGCACCGAAUACUGAACCACACCAGGUGAAGGCCUUUUUCAUGCCGGUGAACCGGGAUGACCACUUUAUCAACCAUGUGGCUCUGCUCGCCCUGGUCCACAAGCUCAAGAGGAACCAAUAUCACUAUAUUCCUCUGAAUCGCAAGAAGCCUAAAAUGGGUGAUAGCGUUAAGAUGGCCUUUCUGGGACCACCCACUUACAAGGUCACUUUUUACAAGACCCGGGUUUUUGAAUACGAUCGUUGCCGAAUUCACUACGGUCUGAAGGACUUUUUCCACAUCUCCACCUUUGAGUCGGACUUCUUCUGUGUGAUGAAUAAGAAACACUCGAAGAAGAGCACCUGCAGCACCCGACCCGGAGAUCCCUUACUUGAGGAUAACAAACUGGUGGGAAUAAAUAUAUAUGGGGAGCACUGCGACGAGGACGAUGACUCCACCAACAUGGACAUAUACAUACCGAUCAGGGCUGUCGUACCAUUCAUCCAGAUGGCCACGGAUGCGCUCAGGGGUUUCACUGCAACGGGUCCCUACAACACCUCUAUAAAAGCCCCGUUAUCACCCCUGCUUCAGUUCUUGGCCGAUAAGGAUCCCAAUAUUUACGUUGGCGUCAAUGUUCCCGAACUUCCCUUCGGUGAUCCCCUCAAUGGUGGAACCCCUGAGGACGACAAGGGUUCAAUGGAGCACCAUGUCGAAGAAGUUCCCGAAUAUUAUUAGUUGUGUUCGCAAAACAGCUAAGAAUAUAAGCUUGAUUUAAUAAAGGUCAUUUUCGAGAGAAAUAGGGAUAAUAUUUGUAUUUUUCUUAGAUACAAAAAUAUAAGUAUAUUGUUAAA